CCGGAACCGGAAGUAGACCCCGAGCCAGGAGGAGGAAGCCGGCGGCCGACCCGUCAGCAACUGGUCGUGGCCUCAAGGGGCGGCGCCGCGCUGCUGCCUGCGAGCCGGACCCGCUGCCGGGCGGGUGGCCGGCCCGAGGGCGCGGCGCCAUGAAGCUGUACAGCCUCAGCGUCCUAUACAAAGGCGAUACCAAGACGGUGCUGCUCAAAGCCGCGUACGACGUGUCCUCCUUCAGCUUCUUCCAGAGGUCCAGUGUUCAGGAAUUCAUGACCUUCACAAGUCAGCUGAUUGUGGAACGCUCCUCGAAAGGCAGCAGAGCUUCCGUCAAAGAACAAGAAUAUCUGUGCCAUGUCUACGUGAGAAAUGACAGUCUUGCAGGAGUGGUCAUUGCUGACAGUGAAUACCCAUCCCGGGUGGCGUUUACCUUGCUGGAGAAGGUACUGGACGAAUUCUCCAAGGAGGUCAACAGGAUAGACUGGCCAGUUGGAUCCCCUGAUACCAUCCGUUACGCAGGCCUGGACAGUCAUCUCAGUAGAUACCAGAACCCCCGAGAAGCUGACCCCAUGACUAAAGUGCAGGCUGAACUAGAUGAGACCAAAAUCAUCCUGCACAACACCAUGGAGUCUUUAUUAGAGCGAGGUGAGAAGCUAGAUGACCUGGUGUCCAAAUCCGAAGUGCUGGGAAUACAGUCUAAAACCUUCUAUAAAACGGCCCGGAAACAAAACGCGUGCUGCUCAAUCGUGUGACAGCAGCCGGCAGAGCCUCUGCACUGGGACGUCACCGUCAUCACAUCGGAACUGCGGCCCCCAGGAAGCAGAGCCACGUGACACGACCGAGUGGGACAGACUACACGUUGGCUUUGGAGCUCCUGGGAGGAACCAAAGGGUGGAAGGGACCUGGGGGUGGGUAACGUUCACAUUCACAUGUCUAGUUAUUUUCGAAAAGAUAAUUUGAGGCCCCUAAAAGUGUAUUUUGGGGCCACAUGAAACCAUAAAGCUCAGUGACUCCCG